UCCACUCCAGUCCUCAUUUUAUACCUUAAAUUCCACAUAGGGUGACGGGGAAACAGUAAGAAAUUGAUGAACAUCGCGUAAAAAGGAAGGUCAAUGGCGGUGAUCUUAGUCCCAUGAAAGUUAGCAUGUUGUUUAUCCCCCGACGAAUAUCCGGCCUGGCAGUCAGAGCUGUCAAUGUUGCCUUGACGCCUCAACCUUGUUGGAAUCACAAGUUAUUUUCUGCUUGGAGUUCGAGGUUCCUGUUUUGAACUAUCAGACUUGACGGAGUCCACCGGUCUGCCACUGCUAAAUUGUAGUUAAGAGCAAAGGGUCGUUGUCAUGGACCUUUAAGCGCACCACGACCCUCAUGGAAGCACCAGUCACAGCCGGCCCUCCCCCCAACGCUUCCACGCUGCCCGCCCCUCUGCCCCUGGUUCCGGCUGUGCCCCCUUCAGUCCAGCUGGGCUUCACUGCCCUUUUAGCCGCGCUUUACGGUAGCCUUUUCCUGGUCGUGUACGCCCAGCUCUGGCUUCUUUAUUUCUACAGACACAAACGAUGGAGCUAUCAGAGCAUCUUUCUCUUUCUCUCCCUGCUAUGGGCCGCCCUACGUACCACUUUGUUUUCGUUUUACUUUCGGAAUACACUGGAGGCCAAUCACCUCCCCGUCAUGGUCUACUGGCUGCUCUACUGCUUCCCUGUCUGCUUGCAGUUUUUUACUCUGAGCCUUAUCAACUUGUACUACACCCAGGUGCUACUUAAAGCCAGAGAGACUUACAGCUCAGAUGUGGAAAAACGGCUGUGCGCCGCCCGCUGGACGUACGGGAUACUGAAUGCCAUCUUUUUCUGCGUCAACUUGGCCUGCGCGAUUCUCGGAAGCCGCGGUGAUAGCGCAGGUGAUAGCGCAGGUGGGCCGGGGGAGCAGACCUGGACCCUGGUCCUGGUCCGAGUGCUCGUCAACGACUUGUUGUUCAUCUUGGAAGCGGUGUUGCUCGCCUACUCGCUGCUGCUUCUGACUCGCAACUCUCACUCCACUGGCCCGUACCUAACCAGCAAGGGGACCACGGUGUGUCGCACUGGAGCGCUCGGCGCCACACUCAUCUUGCUGUUUGCCAGCCGAGCUUGCUACAACCUCAGCAUCCUGGUUCUGUCUCAGAACCACCACGUCGAGUCUUUUGACUUUGACUGGUAUAAUGUCUCUGACCAGGCUGACCUACAUGAUGAGCUUGGUGACCGGGGUUUUCUGGCUUUUGGCACCAUCCUCUUCAUAUGGGAGCUGCUACCAAACAGUCUGCUCAUCCUCAUCUUUAGAGUUCGUCGACCUACUCAAGAGGUCAGCAACUCGACCGUUAACAAGAGGAUACUUUCCCGUCCUUAUUUCUUUGAUGACCCUCAAGGCAGCGACGAGGAAAUAGCCGCUCCGUGGACCGCAACCUACCAGCCCAAUUCAAGCUGGUACGGAUCCGAGACCACUCCUCUCCUGUUUGCCACCAACCCCCCAGACAAGAAUCACCAGCACCACUCUUUCUACUCCACUCCCCAAAACUGACCCCUGAAUGUGGUAACGGCAUUCUGGGAAAGAAAAAACAAAAAGCUUGUCAGCAAGUAGAAUGUCAGUCAAUGAAUUGGUGAAUUUUUGCACUGUAAACCUCAGGAAUUGUCAUCAAACAUUAAAUAUGCACCUUAAUGUUUUUACAUUUGCUGUUGUAUCUUAAAGGGAAGCAUCUUUGUAAAUUGAAACAUUGAGAAUUUAAUCUGGGUUGAACAGCAGUUUGUCACCUCUUUAAGAGGACAAUAAACUAUUUAAGUGGUUAACCCAGAGCUCAAACUUGUGACCCGAGGGCCAUUUGCGGCCGGUGAGACAAUAUUUUGUGGCCCCUAGCUUGAUAUGAAAGUUUGUUAGUGCGGCCGUCAAGUUUUUUUUUAUGGUUUGCUUUUGAACAGUGUUGGGUGUGGGGCUGACAAACCUACUGAUCACAGUGGGGUACCUGUAUGCGGCUCUCAGGGGCGUGACAUCAACUGGGCUCGAUACAAGCAGAGAAACAUUUUUCAGUGAGAGAAAUUUACAGCAGUGUCAACCAUGGAGAGUUUAAUAAGUCGUUUUGCACAUAACUUGCUUAUGCCAGCAUACUUGUUUUUAUCUCAUUUUGCUUAGAAAAAUGAGUGAGAAGUUUGGAUUUUUUUUUAAUCCAUCUAUUUUCUACUGUUUUUUUGGGGGGGUUGGGUCACAGGGACAGUAGCUUUUGCUGGGAUGCUCAGACUUCCCUUUAGCCUGCUACUUCAUCCAGCUCUUCAGUGGGGAUAGUGGUCUCUCCAGCGUGUCCCGGGUCAUCCCCGGGGUCUCGCUGUAGCAUUCCCUCUAAGGACUCCAAAAAGGAUGGGUACUGUUGUUUGGUACAUAGGCACAAACAACAGUCAAGACCCGUCCCCCCACCCAAAGGUGGAGGGAGACUGCUCUAUCAUCCACAGGGGUGAACCCCAACGUACAGCCGCCGAGCCGGGGGGCUAAUAAAUAUUCUCACACACGCUCGGUGCCUCUCAAUGUGGGCAAUUCCAGAGUGGAACAGAGUCCAACCCUUCGCAAGCAGACUGGUACCAGAGCCCAAGUGGUACGUAGAGGAGAGUGACUUAUAUCUACUCAGAACAUCACAACCUCACACACCAGCUCGGGCUCCUUCCCCAACAGAGGUGAAAUUUAAUGUCCCUACAGCCAGUUUAUUUAGCCAGGCAUCGAAUCUCCAAGGUCAUCGCCUUCGGCGACUUGCAUUGUUUGGUCCCUCACCUAGAACCUGUUUGCCAUGGUUGACCCAACCAGGGGGCGCAAGGCCCCAGACAACUUAGCUCCUAGGAUCAUCAGGACACACAGACGUCUCCACAACGAUAAGGUUAUGGCUCAAGUUUUUAUUUUUUUUUAAUUUCUAAUUUAAAUUGUGUGUGCUUACGCAUUUGCAUCUGCGGCCCAGCCUCAGCCAUAUUCUGCCCUUGCGGCCCCAAUGUAAAUUGAGUUUGAAACACCGUGAAUUAGCUGGUGCAAUUCCUUGAAAGCCUUCAUUAGCAUUCCUUUUUAAUAGAAUGUAUUUAAGAGUGGGAGUGGGUUCGGCAGCCAUAACAGAAUGGAAAUGCAUCUACCGUUACAAGCGGAAGCUUUUCAUUGUUAAUGCAGUCUUCCCACCAAUGUCUUAAAAUAUUCCAUAGUAAUAUUACUUUUAUUCUAUUUGUGAUUUUCCUGUAUUUUGAUGUAAGCUGUAACUAUUUACAGUUUUGCUGACAAUUAGUAAUUUACAUGGCAGCUUUAACUUGAUCACUGUAAAAAAAUAAAAUGAUUCUCACGUGUUG